CACAUUUACUAAUUCAUAACUCUGCUAAUCUUCUCCUCCUCUCUAUUUAAACCCUCACUCAGUUCCUUCUUUCCACAACCAACACCUGGCUCCUACUCACAGAUCUCUCCACUCUUCUUGCUAUGGCUUUCAGAGCUCUGUUGCUUCUUCUUGCUGCUCUUCUUUCACUUACUGCUACAAGGGCUUCAUCCCACAGUGAAGUGUUUAAGGAGAAGGACAUUUACUCCAGAGUACUAAUAGCGCCUACACCAGUCCCUGCACCACCGGUAGUCAAGCCAACCCCAACUACCCCGCCUGUUUACAAGCCGCCCGCCACCCCUACCACACCAGUAGUCAAGCCACCGACUAGUCCUGCUCCGCCAGUAGUGAAGCCACCCACUCCUUCACCGCCUGUCUACAAGCCCCCCACCACACCAGUAAUCAAGCCACCAAAUGCUCCUUCACCAGUAGUGAAGCCACCUACUGUUCCUGCUCCGCCAGUAGUGAAGCCACCGACUUACUCUCCACCUGUAGCGAAGCCGCCGACGCCUGCUCCACCAGUCGUGAAGCCCCCCAGUACUCCAGCACCACCGAUGUUCAAGCCACCAACUCCUCUGCCUCCACCUUCUGGUACCCCAUUGCCACCAGUCAGGUCAAGAGCAGAUUGCAUCCCGUUAUGUGCAGAGAGGUGCAAACUGCAUUCAAGAAAGAACAUUUGUACAAGGGCUUGCAUUACUUGCUGCGACAGAUGCAAAUGUGUGCCGCCAGGAACUUAUGGUAACAGGGAGAAAUGUGGCAAAUGCUACACUGACAUGACUACUCGUCACAACAAGCCUAAGUGCCCUUGAAAGUUUGAUUGAGAGAGAAAUUAUCUUUAUAGUAAUUAAUGUUAAUAUGUUCCGAGUUUAAUGGUGGAGUAAAAGAAGGAAUAAGUGUAUGCUAAUUGUCUGUUUUUGCCAUUAGGAUAGUCUGCAAGUAUAUUAAUAGGGCAAUCAGUGCUCAAUAUUAGCUGUUUCUUGACUUCUGAAAGCUGAUUGCAGAUAUUAAUAUAUGCUGUUGUUUUAGUAAUAUAUUAAUGGAGAUUGUCAUUUUAUAUUUUCUCUUAAA